CUGCGAUGGUCGUUUUUAAUUUACGAGCGCCCCCUCCAGAUUGUAUUGGUCGAUUAAAAUACUUUAUCAUCUGCGCUUUGCGUUGUCAUCCUCUGAAGAAAACAAGGUCUAUAGUUUAGAAUACCCCCCUCCCCUGAAUUGAUAUAUAUAUAAGGGCUAAAUUGUAAAUAUUAGGCUAUUUUUUACCCAAUUAAUUGGUCACAAUUAGCCAACUUAUUGACGCGAUCAUCUGAACUCACUGAUAAUUGACCAAGCCAUUGACGUAAGUGGCCUAAGCUUAAAGGCUGGUAGGCAUCUAAAUCCAUAGGGAUCCAUAUUAAAAAUUAAUUUGCAUUCUGAUUAUUUAUCCCUCCGUUCGAAAGAAGACUCAAUACGUGAACUAUCGUAAUUUGCCUAUUCCCAAAACAACAGGGUACAAAACAGCAUUUAUUUAAAUGUAUCUUGGAGUAUUCUUGGAGUAUUCUGUAGGGAGAAUGACCCUCCUUGUCCUCUACAUGUCCUUACAUUACACCACAUUGCGUUACAUUAUCUAUUGGCACUGCGCCGAGCGUGGGCGUCUCGGCGUCAUCAUGAGUUUCGCGUUUUGCCGUGCGGCUCUCCGUAGUUCAUGUCCACCUCCACUUCCAUGUGGAGCUAAAGACAACUCUCACGUACAGUAGAAACAUAGGUGGACGGCUUACGGGAUUAAUGUUAAUGAACAGAAGCGCUCAGAAAUUAUUAGCAACGCUUGUAUUUUGUAACCCACUAGGGAUAACUGGAACAAACACUUUUGGUUAGCGAGGAAUGACGACUUCUGGAUAUGCGACCAGACGUUUUGAGGUAGCUUUUGGUAGCGAGGUUCUCUGCGCAGGACAAGAGCAAGGGGUUCCCUGCAUGCUGCCUAAAGCCGCACAGUUGCUGUGCCUAACCGCCGUGAGGGUUUCCCUUCAAGACUUGAGAAAAGUUUCCUUCAGGGGAUUGAGGACCAUAGAGUUGUUAAGAACACCUCAGAGCAACACCACUGCAGACGGGGCAGGGGCACUCAUGGAUGUCGUGACCACUACCACCUCCUCAGGCAAUGGCAAUCAAACUUGUACCCCAGAAACAGAGCUGUUGCCGGGGGAGACGGAGGUGAGGGAGGGCAAGGCAGCCAUUUGUUUUCCAAGUGCCAAUGAAGUUUUCUACAACCCUGUCCAGGAGUUUAACCGAGACCUGACGUGUGCAGUAAUCACGGAGUAUGCCAGGGAGCGGCUGGCCCAGAGGGGCGUGCGGAUCGUAGUACCGGGCGAGAAGGAACGCGUGGUGGUGUGUCUGUCCGAAGACAACGAGUCCUCGGAGACGCAGAAGACGACUGAACAACAGCAGCAGGGGAAGGAGGGCGAGAACGAGACGGAGAAGGGCGGGGAUAAGAAAGAAGAAGAGGAGAGUUUCGUCACUGCCUCUGUCGGGGAGCGCUGUGAGAAAGGCCUGCGUGUUCUGGAGGGGUUGGCGGCGUCAGGCCUGCGGUCGGUGCGGUUUGCCCUGGAGGUUCCGGGUCUCCUCAACGUCACGGCCAACGACUUCUCCGCCAAAGCGGCCGCGCUUAUCGCUCGUAACGUGCGCCACAACGGCGUGGCUCAUCUGGUGCAGGCCAGUCAGAGAGAUGCCAGCAUGGUGAUGUAUGAAGCCAGGGGGAAGAAAGAGCGCUUUGAUGUCAUCGACUUGGACCCCUAUGGGAGCCCCUCCUCCUUCCUAGAUGCCGCGGUACAGGCUGUCGGUGAAGGAGGCUUGCUCUGCAUCACCUGCACGGACAUGGCCGUCAUGGCAGGCAACAGCGGAGAGACGUGCUACAGCAAAUACGGCUCCGUGUCCAUCAAGGCCAGGUUCUGUCAUGAAAUGGCCUUGCGCGUCAUCCUGCACAGCCUGGACCAGCGGGCGAACGUGUACCAGCGCUACAUCGAGCCUCUCCUCAGCGCCAGCGUGGACUUCUACAUCCGCGUGUUCGUCAGGGUGCGCACCGGACAGGCCACGGUCAAGAACUCAGCCAGUAAGCAGGCCUUGGUGUAUAACUGCGUGGGAUGCGGCGCUUUUCACCUGCAGAGGAUGGGAAAAAGGAUGAGUCACGGCAAAAAUAUGAAGUACUCUGCAGCCAUUGGGCCCCCUGUUGGGACCAGCUGUGAGCACUGUGGCCAGAGGCAUCAGCUCGGAGGGCCAAUCUGGGCGGAUCCUAUCCAUGAUAUAGAGUUUGUCCAGAAGGUGCUGUCGGCCGUGUCCACAAACCCGUCUCGUUUUGGGACGUCGAAACGCAUCGAGGGCAUGCUCAGCAUGAUGACAGAGGAGCUCCCGGAUGUCCCUCUGUACUACGCGCUGGACCAUCUGUGCAGCACAGUGCACUGUAACACUCCAGCCAUGCUCCAGUUCAGGUCCGCCCUGCUCCACGCAGGCUACAGGGUGUCCAUGUCUCACGCCAGCAGGAACGGCCUGAAGACCGACGCCCCACCCGGCGUGAUCUGGGACCUCCUGCGCUGCUGGGAGAAGGCCAACCCAGUGAAACGGGAGAGGCUGUCCGAGACGAGCCCGGCGUUCCGCAUUCUCUCCACGGAGCCGACUCUGCAGGCUUGCUUUGACGUGCGUGAGGACGCCAAUCCCCAGUCUCGUAAGCGGCACCUGGUGCGCUUCCAGGAGAACCCUCAGGCCAACUGGGGCCCAAAGGCCCGGGCCAAAGACAGGUGGGCCACCCACUCCACUCAUGGUGGGAUAUCCAGUGAGCUCGAGGACAAGAGGAAGUUGUGCCAGAACAAGAGGAAGAACCAGGUCACAGACGCGUCCCAGCUCAAGAACUUCCCCUGCAAGAGGUUCAGGAAGGGCACAUGCACACAUGGAGACAAAUGCUGCUAUUCUCACGAGUCGGCAUCCGAUGAAGCUGAUAAGAUGGAGUGAGGGACACACAAUGGACCCACACACACACACACACAAUGGACUACACACACACAAAUGGACUACACACACA